AUGGCUUCACGAUUUGCUUCUCGACGGCUAUUGAAGCCAUUGGCAUAUGGCGCUGGUGCUGCCGUGGCUGGUACCACGGUUAUGUACUUGGUCUACCGCCCUCGAAACGUCCCAGGUGCAGAGACACUUGCCCCCAAACCACCGAAACGAGACGCCAACGGUGACAUCAUUCCUCCCAAAUUCCCCUACAUCAAGUCCAGAGCCGAACAGAUUGCCGACCUCAAAAAGUCUUCGUCUGCUCCGUCCUCCGAGAUCUAUGACCUCCUCGUUAUCGGAGGCGGUGCUACCGGCACGGGUAUUGCCCUCGACGCCGCUACGAGGGGCUUGAAAGUGGCCAUUGUGGAAAGGGACGACUUCAGCAGUGGGACCAGCAGCAAGUCCACGAAGCUCGUUCACGGUGGUGUGCGGUAUCUUGAAAAGGCGGUUUGGAAUUUGGACUACAACCAAUACCAAUUGGUGAAGGAGGCUCUAAGAGAGCGGAAGAGCUUUCUGUACACAGCACCUCAUCUAUCGUCAUGGCUUCCUAUUAUGCUUCCAGUGGAGAAAUGGUGGCAGUUGCCCUACUUCUGGGCGGGAACCAAAUUCUAUGACUUGCUUGCGGGUUCAGAAGGGAUUGAGAGCUCCUAUUUCCUCCCAAGAAGUAAGGCUCUUGACGCCUUCCCCAUGCUGAAGAAGGAGAACUUGGUUGGUGCCUUGGUGUACUACGACGGCCAGCAUAACGAUUCACGCAUGAACGUCUCGUUGGCUAUGACGGCCACCCUGUAUGGCGCUACCACUGUGAACCAUCUCGAAGUCACUGGCCUGGAAAAAGAUGCAAGUGGGAGACUGACUGGGGCUCGUGUGCGGGAUCUUAUUUCCGAAAAGGAUGGUCAGCCUACCGAGGACUUUGUGGUAAAAGCCCGGGGUAUCGUUAACGCGACCGGUCCUUUCUGUGAUGCUAUUCAACGUAUGGAUGAGCCUGCCACCAAGGAAAUUGUCGCGCCCAGUCUGGGUGUCCAUGUCGUCCUUCCCGGUUAUCUGAGUCCACAAAACAUGGGCUUGAUUGAUCCCUCCACCUCGGAUGGUCGAGUCAUCUUUUUCCUCCCAUGGCAAGGCAACACCAUCGCUGGCACAACUGACUCGCCGUGCGCAAUUGAGGCCAACCCAGUGGCAGGCGAGAAAGACAUCGAAUGGAUUCUGGACGAGAUUCGCACAUAUCUGACCCCAGACAUUACCGUCCGGCGGUCUGAUAUUCUUGCGGCAUGGUCAGGUAUCCGACCCCUUGUGCGUGACCCCAAAUCCAAGAACACGGAAUCCCUCGUCCGCAGCCAUCUGGUCACGGUAUCUGACUCUGGUCUGCUGACUUGCGCCGGUGGUAAAUGGACCACGUACCGACAGAUGGCCGAGGACGCGGUGGACAAAGCAAUCGAGGUCUUCAAGCUCCAACCCAAACCAGUUAAAUAUGUUCCGGACAUCAGUGGUGUUAACGGAAUUGACCCGACGGUGAACCUGCUGGACGGCAGCUGCCAGACUCACCAUGUCCGUCUGAUUGGCGCUCACGGCUAUUCGACCACUCUUUUCAUCAACCUGAUCCAGCACUUUGGUCUGGACGUCGAUGUCGCGAAGCACUUGGCCACUGACUACGGUGACCGCGCAUGGGACGUUGCAGCGCUGGCCUCCGAGACCGACAACACCGAGCACUACCCGCUGCGCGGACAACGUCUGUCGUCUCUUUACCCCUUCAUCGAUGGUGAAGUUCGCUAUGCAGUCCGCAGCGAGUACGCCCAAACCGCCGUGGACGUGCUCGGCCGUCGCACCCGGUUGAGCUUUUUGGAUGCUCGAGCCGCGCUGCACGCCUUGCCCAAGGUCAUCGAUAUUAUGGCCGACGAGUUGAAGUGGAGUGCUAAGAGGAAGGAUGUCGAGUGGAAAAACUCUGUCAAUUAUCUGCUGAGCAUGGGUCUGCCCGCCGACCUGCUUAACAUCACCCGUGCCGAGGUCGAGAAGGGCUUGACCGACUCAAACAAUCUGGCUCCGACUCAAGGUUCGUCCAAGACUGUCGAGCCUCUCAGAGCCUCGUCUGAGCCGACCGGCGAAGCGUCUGCGCCGUUGCCUUGA